AUGCAACAACAACACAACUCAUUAUGAUGAACAUGUCCGAUCCGAAACAACAACAACAACAAAAGAUCCACGUGGGCGCCGCCGUGGUUCUUCUCACGGCGAUCUUCUACGCGGCCGACUUUGGAUUCGUAUCGAUUCUCGUCGUAAUCGGCUCACUGCUCGCCGGAAUUCUCUUCGCAAAAUGGGUAUUCGAGUGUUCGAACGGAGAGAUGCUAUACCAAUGGAAGGACUACUUCAAUCCGUCUGCCACCACGUCAUCAAGGAAGCCAGAAGCCGAAGAAGCUGACGACGACGAUGAUGAUGCCAGGCUGGAUUCGGAGAAGACCCGACGGAUGCCUUGGCAGGGCCUCAGCCUACCGGCUUCACUGAACGAGGCCGUCGAAAAUUUGCUGAACGAGAUUGUCGAGCAAUAUGUGAAUGGGUGGUAUGGAGGGGCGAUUAGCAGGGAUCGAGCUUUUAUUAACGAGAUACGGUACCAACUCCGCUACGCAUCGGCCAACCUCAUCCGGUGCAUCCGACGCGUCGAUCUCGCCGAAUUCGUCUCCGAUCAAGCUCUCCCCAUAGCCUCAUUCUACAUAACCCGUAUCAAUGAGCUCGAGCAGAAGCUUCGCGAGUCUCCGACACCACCCCGAUCCCUGCUCGAAACUAAGAUCGCCGAGCAGCUAGACGACAUCCACGUGGCGUUGAGCGGCCGUGAUGAGGAGACGGCCUAUGUCAGGCAGAUUUCGGAUUUUCUGAUUCCGAGGCUUCUCGACGAGACUCGGCUCGCCGGGCGGGCUCACGAUGAUGAUAGUCCUCUACGACUUUUUGGACGGGGGAAGAAUGAACGGCCGUGGCCGUCGAAAUCGGUGCGGGGCUUUUUGAGGGAAAUGCUGACGAAUGCGGUGCUCCUGCCGGUUUUUGAUAUGCUCACGCAGCCGGAUACGAUCAAUUAUUGGCUGAUUCUGUUGUUUGAUGAACAUCGUAAAGUGGAGAUGAUCGAGGAACAUGUGGAUACAACUCCCAUUCCCCUCUUAAAGGGUCUUACCGAUGAAUCCGGCGCCUCCGACAAUCUCCCCGACUCACUUCUCCAGCUGAAACUCACCGAAAUUCUCCGCGACGCCCGUCUCUAUGCGAUCUUUCGAAUGUACCUCCAGGACAUUCGCGGACCGGUUCAUGAACUGCAAUUCCUUGUGGAAGCCACACGGAUCUUGGAUAGUAUUCAGAGAAAACUAGAAUCCGAUAGUCAAAUCGCGUACGACAUCUGGCAGCUUUACGGGCAAUUUGUGCAUGAAAGUGCUCAGGAGCGAGUCCGAAUUGCGGAGAGCCUCGUUGAACAGUACAAGUCGGCGGUGGAGGUUAACGAUAUUAGGGUUCUAGAGGGAAUUAUUGAGAUGUCCUACCAAGAAGUCUACAACCGAACACAGUCCACCCACGUCGUCGCAUUCUGCCAAUCGGAGUGCUUCCUCGGUCAUCUCUGCGGAUCGCCACCAAUCACCAUCAACGAGCUUAUAGAUCAACAGGCGCGACAGCGAGCCGCCGCUCCGGUAGAGCGCACUUUCUCCCUCUCACAGCUCAGAGCUCGAGUUCGCAAAGCGUUGACAUCGGUUAGCGACGAGGAGAAGGAGGAAGCAGGUGUCGAGACUCCGGAAUCUCAAGGUGGAUCCUCCACUGCCUCGUCCUAUGUGAACAUUGCCGCCCCAUCGAUUGAUGUGAUCGAGGAUGUAGAAGAGGAAAGAUCGGAGCCAGCCGAGGAAGCUCCGAUCCCAAAAACCACAGGCCUUGUCAUAGACUCCGAGCCGCCUAUCAACUUGAACUGCUGGAAAGUCAACGUGGCUCAGGUCAACGGGCUCCGCGACAAGAUUUCCGAUCGUGUGAUCUUCGUCUUCAUUAUCGAAGUGGAACGCCCGGACGCAAAGCCCCACGAGACCCAACGCUGGUCGAUUCACCGAUCCUUCAACGAGUUUUAUGUGCUCGAGUCGAAGCUCAACGAGUUCCACGGCGAUUCGCUCCGCUUCUCGCCUCUCCCCACCCGGAAGACCUUUGUGACCCGGGACAAGCCAUUCAUGGAGCAGCAUCGUCUGAUCUUCUCGACGUUCCUCUCGACACUAUCAAAGCAGCGGAUCCUGAAUCGAUCGGAGCUUCUUCUGGCAUUCCUCUCCUCAAAUGAAGAGUUCCGAGAUACUCUGUCUCUGGGAGAUUUGAAUCCAUGGAAAGUGGUGAAGAAGACCCUACCCGGGAAGCUCGUCAAUCGGGAAAAGGGUCAGAACUUGAAGCCGUUCCUCCUGAAAACUCUCGCCCAAACACUUGUACCGCCGGAUCGGGUGAAGAAACCGUCGGAGAAUGGCCUGGAAGACGCGACGACGAGCUAUUCGCUUGCGACGAAUGCAGUCUAUUCAUCGGUCUAUGGGAAUAAUUUCGACGGAGUUUUCAAGGAAUCCUGUAGAAGUUUAGGCGAUGAGGAUAUGCGGUUAUGGACAAGAUCUGCGUACGACUCGAUUCUCCUUCUCUUCUGGCAACCUCUAAAGACCCAGUUUCAAUGGGCGCUUCCCAUAUUCUCAGCGAUCCGUGCUCUGUGCAGCAAGACUAUUGAUUCAAUGAUUUGCUCGGUGCUCGGUGGUGUCUUCCGGAAGUGCUUGUCGGUUGCAAACCUCACUUAUCUAGUUCAACACAUUCAAUGGUCUCUGUUCUGCAAUGAUGCACCAUGGCCGACGGAGCAGGAGAUGAAGAUGCGGGAAGAACUCGCGUUGAGGAUCACGUUGGAGUUUUUUCAGAAUAAUAUCCCCCAGCACGCUCGCCGCCUAAUCGGCCGUGACGACAUCAAGACACUCAUCUCGCGCAUAAUCGACGUUCUACAGUACCCACGGCUCAACAAACAGUUGCUCUACGUGCUCGUCGACCGCCUCCUCCUACAAAUUUUCCCAGAACUCGAUGAAUUCGGCCAGCACCCGCUACAAUAGGCCCCUGUAGGCAGGCAUUGUACUUUGUAUUUAUUUUUUUUAUUUUUCGAAAAUAUUUUCUUAUUUUCCAAUUUUCUUUGUGCCAUCUAUUAGAGCAAAAAACCAAACAUUCCCGCCGUUUCCCCUGAUCACUUUUUUUAUUCAGUUUCCUCUUUGUAAAAAAUUUUUAUUUUG